AUGGCCUAUAUUACGGCAGAUAAUGAUUCUCUCCAGCCUGCCUUCCUUGCUGUCAUGAUUGGCUUGUUAUUAUUAUCAAGUUUCAGUGUCGGCCUGAGACUUUACUGUCGAAUAGCACUGGUUCACAAGGUUGGACCAGAUGACUAUUUCAUAGUAGCUGGAUUGUUGGUGACAAUGGUUAUGGGUGUGAUGAAUGCAUUUCUCAUUAGCUUCGGCACCGGUCGUCACUUGGCUGACCUCGACCUCGAAACCAUCGUCAUCCCAACCCUCAAGCACUGGUAUGCCUACCAGCUAGUCUACCCACUGGCAAUCGGCCUUGUCAAAUUCAGCAUCCUGGCCCAAUACUACCGCAUCUUCCCCGUACGAGGAUUCCGAAUCGCAACAGCCGCAGUCGCAGGAUUCGUCUUCCUCUACACAGUCAUUGUGAUAUUCGUCAACGCCUUCGAAUGUCACACCAAACCCUGGCGCGCAUGGGACCCAGCCACAUACCCACGCGGCUGCAAUAGCAUCUCCGCGACGUACUUCUCAAUGGCGGGAAUCAAUAUCCUAACCGAUUUAAGCAUUCUCAUUAUGCCUCUUCCACUACUAACCAAACUCAAUCUCCAUCGGCGGAAGAAGUACGCCCUGGUAGCGAUUUUCCUAACAGGAACUUUUGCCUCGGCAGCUUCAAUCGUGCGCCUCAGUGCACUGUACAAAUACAUGAUAACGAAAGACGUCUCAUACGACGCGAUCCAGAUUCUGCUCUGGACACAGAUUGAAGUCAACAUUGCCAUUAUAUCUGCGUCUGCGCCGUCGCUUCGGCCACUCUUUAAUUCGGUCUUUCGAGGCUCUUCUUAUGAUCGGUCUGGGAAGCUCCGCGAUGGGGAGGGUGAGGGGGAGGGUGUGGUCACUGGGACUGUUGGGUCCAGUCGACGGAGGACGUUGCCACCGCAUGAUUAUCCGUAUCCGGGUGUUGAGUUUGUCAUGAGAGAUUUGGAGGACGGUGAUUGUGUUGAGGGUGGGACAUUGGAAGGGGAUAUGGCUGGCAAUGUGCUAAAGAUCUCGGGUGAGGUUUCGAGUGUGGUGGCUGUUCCUGAUUGUGUGCAUGCCAGAGGAAAUAAUUCCGACUGCAUGCCUGAGGUGACGCGGCUUGGGGAUAUAACCAAGACUGUUGUUAUUGAGAUGAAGAGUGAAGAGAGAUGA